AAAGUAAAAGCACGAGGCUAAACGUCAAAUGUCUCACUGCGCGCCAAGAAAGUAAGCGCGCGCGACGCGUGCCUCAAAAAUUUCCCUCCAAAAUUUGGCAUUUUAACUUUUUAAUUUCUCGCGCCCCAGCUUUUUGAUUAUUCGUCCGAAAACCGCUCUCGGGUUACUCUUUUUUCCCAUUCCACAUUUUUUUUAUAUUUAUUCGAGUCGUGCGUUGAACUUGGUUAGUGCAGUGCGCCGUCAUCAAAUCGUUUCAUAAGUGUUACCAUGUUAUUGUACUCGCAGUGAAAGUGUUGUGACGCAAGCGUUACAUUAGAACUGUUCUAUUAUGGCGGAUAUCGUUCGCUUUGGGAAGUGCCUUACCGUUUUCGGUGUAACCAAUUUAUUCCUACCCUUGCUUAUAUCAUGCCAGUAUCAGUCAGUUCACCACCCGGUCUCCUUCGUACAGAGAAUGGGUGAAGCUCCCACAAUGCACAUACUACCAAGAAACCCCUAUUGGAAUCAAAACUCAAUGCUAAGGAAGAGGUCACCAGAUUCCCUGCAGAGGCCAUACUACGGUCCAUCUCAAUACAAUCAACAGUUAACGUAUUACAACAAUCAGCCGUACAAUCAGAUUCCAAAUCAAAUACCACAAACAUACCCCCACUAUGACACAAGAUCGUCAGUAGACCUAAUCCAUUCUGAAACCAGAGACGGUAUACCAAAUGAUGGAAGAUUACUCUCAGACUCCGCGUUUACCAGGAUAUCUGAAACCCUAGGAGCUAUAAAUACUGUAGGACAUUACCUCGUUGACAUCGUGAACGAAAAUGAAAGAAACGAAUCCAAUCCAAAUCUGCAACAGCUACCUCAAGCUCUCUACACAUUAAGUAAAAACGUACUGGGUAGAAAUGUCACUGAUAAAAUUGCACCUAUAGUCAAAAAAGCCCUACCUAAAGUCCUACCUGACGCACCAAUAACCAAAAUAGCUACUGGUGAUGUGAAUCAGGAAAACGAUGCGAAAUACUGCACCACGCCUGAAGGGGAAGCAGGAGUUUGCGAGGAUCUUAGCAAUUGUCCACAACUUCUGUUGAAUUUGAUAAACCUUCGAGAAUCACUGUGCUUUAAAGAUUUAUUCGUACCAGGAGUUUGUUGUCCAAGAGAUGCAGUUAUACCGUCGAUUACGGCAGUAGAAAAGCCGGUUGUAGCAACGACAUCAAAACCAACGUAUCUAUUGCCAGUAACAAGUCAAAAGCCUGUCACAAAACCAACAACUACAAAAAGGCCUUCGGCUGUCCUAGUACUUACUACAAAGAAGCCCAAGCCGCCGACGACAACACGACCGACCACAACAUCAGCUGCUCCUGUGACGACGUCGCGGCCAGUCUCCACGACCAGCUUCUACACAGAACUGCCACCAUCUGUCGCUAACUACUCUAAUAUUGUCGAUGCUAGUGAGUGUGGUCAGCGAGAAGACGAAGGUGGUCGUAUCGUGGGAGGCACGGAGGCGAAGUCCGGCGCUUGGCCUUGGAUGGCCGCCAUCUACCUACACGGCAGCAAGCGGCGCGAGUUCUGGUGCGGCGGCACACUGGUCGACAGGCGGCACGUGCUCACCGCCGCGCAUUGCACCAGGGACUCCAAGCAGCGACCGUUCCCCGCGAGGCAGUUCAGCGUGAGGCUAGGCGACGUUGACCUUGGGCGGGAUGACGAGCCCUCGCGCCCUGUCACGCUGCGUGUGACAGCUGUGAGGGCCCAUGAGCAGUUCUCCAGAGUCGGAUUCUAUAAUGAUAUCGCGAUACUGGUACUAUCGGAGAACGUACAAAAAUCGAAAUACGUGAUACCGAUUUGCCUGCCACGGGGCGAGGUGGCGCGGCAGCAGUUCGACGGUGCUAUGGCCACCGUGGUGGGGUGGGGUACCACACGCUACGGCGGCACCGAGAGCUCGCGGCAGCUGGAGGCGCGCAUGCCCGUCUGGCGCAACGAAGACUGCGACAGAGCAUACUUCCAGCCCAUCACUGACACCUUCCUCUGUGCGGGAUAUACUAGGGGAGGAGUAGAUGCUUGUCAGGGUGACUCCGGAGGCCCGUUGAUGUUGCAAGCAAACGGUCGCUGGACGCAAAUAGGCGUCGUAUCAUUUGGCAACAAAUGCGGAGAACCGGGCUAUCCUGGCGUCUACACCAGGGUCACGCGUUACCUGUCCUGGUUGCAGCAGAACAUAACUUGAAGCUCGUCUUUUAAGCCUUCAGUGAGGGCGCUAGUGUGUCAUUUUAGUCUGGGAUAUAAUUUAUAGUUUUGUAUGGAGCUUUACUAUCUGCUAAGUAUAGCAGCCAUAAUAUAGUGUUAAUAUUUUAACCAAUAAUUAUGAAUUACUUUUUAACAGCGAUUACCAUUUUUAAUUACUAAUUGUUACCAAAAAAAUAUCUCUGUACCGAAUAUCUGUGAAUAAUUGAACUUUUUUUUAAAUAUUGAUAAAUUAUACCGUGUAGAAUGUAUUUUUCUUUUCAUUGCUAAUUAAGGUAAAUAUUUAAAAAUAAUUUCAAUUUUAUACUAAACCAUUAAGGUCUGAAAAUCGUUUACCUGUGCUUUUAUUUAUAUAAAUUAAUUAGCCUAAUCUUGUUUUAUCUAAUUAUGUAAAUAUAUUUUGAGAC